AAGGGGGAAAAAAAGAAAGCAACGAAACCUGGCAAUGGGGAAAGGGGGGGAAAUUUUGAUUUUUGAGAGCGAAUUUCCCUAAAAAUUUGAAGGAAAUGCGAUUGCGUUCCUGGUGGGAGUGGCCGUCCGAUGAGAGAUCGGCGAAGGAGGAUCACCGCCGUUAAUGGGAAUUGUCGAGUUGCAAAUGACUUGGCAGCCGAGUCUACUCAGUGAAAAACGGAAGAAAGGCCCUCCUUUAGGCUUAAGAAACCUCGGCAACUCUUGUUACGUCAACAGCGUCCUUCAGUGCCUCACCUAUACUCCGCCGCUCGCCAAUUUCUGUCUCCGUUCCCAACACUCGUCCUCUUGCGACGCCUCCGCCUCUAAGAAACCCCGAGACUGUCCUUUCUGUAUCCUCGAAGCGUGGAUCACACGCUCCUUAACCCUCGAUCUCACCCUCGACGCUCCUUCCCAGAUCCAAAGCUGCCUUAAAAUCUUCGCCGAGCACUUCCGGUUCGGUCUACAAGAGGACGCGCAUGAGUUCUUGCGUUACGUUAUCGAUGCUUGCCAUAACACGUGUCUGCUUUUAAAGAAGUUGCGGCUAAAGGGAAGUGAAGGAGGAGGAAGAGAAGAAGCUGUCAAUGACAAUACCGUAGUUAAGGAGAUAUUUGGGGGUGCUUUGCAAAGCCAGGUUAAGUGUUUGGGGUGUGGUGGGGAGUCAAAUAAGGUUGAUGAGAUUAUGGAUAUUAGCCUUGAUAUUUUGAAUAGUGGUUCACUUAAGGAAGCUCUGCGUAAGUUCUUUCAGCCUGAAGUUUUGGAUGGGAAUAAUAAGUACAAGUGUGAGAAUUGUAAGAAAUUGAUGGCAGCAAGGAAGCAACUGUCUAUACGUCAAGCACCUAAUAUCCUUGUGGUUCAACUGAAGAGAUUUGAGGGAAUCUUUGGUGGGAAGAUUAAUAGGCCUGUCACAUUCGAAGAAGUUUUGGUUCUUUCAAGCUUCAUGUGCAAAGCUAGCCAGGAUCCACGGCAAGAGUAUAGCCUAUUUGGUACUAUUGUCCACUCAGGGUCCUCACCAGAAUCUGGACACUAUUAUGCAUAUAUCAAGGAUGCAAUGGGCAGGUGGUAUUGUUGCAAUGACUCCUUUGUCUCACUUUCAACCCUGCAGGAGGUCUUGUCAGAGAAGGUUUAUAUUCUUUUCUUUUCUCGUACUAACCAAAGGCCUGGGUCUUUGAGCACUACAUUUUCUUCCAAUGGAGCUAAACCGCAUGUUUCUAAUGGAAGUGAGACAUCCAAAGUCUUGAAAGCUGUCCAAUUGAAACCGGUCCAAACAAAACCUUUUGUUGAGCAAUUUUCACAGAAUGAUAAGGUUGGGAAACAGUCUUCAACCCCAUGGGUGAAAUUCAACAUUUCUGAAAAACCUGGUCCCAAAAAGCUUCCAAUUACGGUUAAUGGAAAAAUUGACUUCCAUAAGACUCAAAACAUCACCGUGAAUGGAGUUUCAAAAGAUUCAAUUCAUGUGGACAAGAAUAAGAAAGAUAUGUUGCCAUUGAUGAACAGGAAUGUUAUUGACAAGAGCAGAAAAGUUGAUACUGGUGGUAGUGAAAAAAGCCAACCAUUUGCAUUGACAAAUGGAAAUUCUAUGAAAUCAGAUCCUUUUGUAGUUAAUGGUAGCAGUAGGAUGGCUGUUGGAGUUGAGGUUAAUAAUGCUAAUUUUAAUGCCUGUGAUAACUCAAAGCAAAAGAAAUCAGAAGAUUCAUCUGAUAUCUCAGAAGCAAAGCAAAAAUUAGAAGAUUCUUGUGAUAUCUUAGGGCCACAUAGAAAAUCUGAAGAUUCCUGUAAUGUUUUAGGGUCAAAGAGAAAAUGGAACGGUUCCUUUAAUUUCUCAGGGCUAAAGAGAAAACCGGAAGCCUCUUGUGAUAUUUUGGGGCCAAAUAGAAAACCAAAGGACUCUUGUGGUAACUCAAGUCUAAUGACAAAACUAAAAGACUCCUAUGUUAACUCAGAGCCAAAUGAAAAAUUGGGAGAUUGCUGUGAUUACUCAGCGCUUAAGAAAAUAGAAGACUCCUGUGAUUUAUCCAUGCUGGCAAGAAAGUCCUGUCUUUUGCUUUCCCAAGAUGUUCGAUCUCGUGCAGAAGUGGAAAACAUGAAAGAAAUGUUGAAAAAAGAAGCUUCUUCAGUUUUGCGAUCCUGUGGCUGGUACUAUAAUGUUUACAAUUUCAUGAAUUUGAAGAAGCAGUCAUAUGCGCUGGAGAUUGGAAACACCCUGAGUGGCAAUGAUUUAGAGAAGAAGUUGAUUGCAGAUGCAAAGGCCAGUUUUAUUCGACAAAUACCCGAACCACUAAAGGAAGAACUAAUCAAACUUAUCCAAUCUUUUAGCCGAAGAAAACAAGAACAUCCAAUUCCUUGAUCAGCUCGACCGAUACUGAAGCAAAUAACCGUUCAAUCUCCAGAUCCAGUUAUUCCAACUUUCAGGUAAUCAGGGAUGCCAACUUCUUGGCUAACUUAUCUUAGCCAGUGUCUUGUCAUGUGUAAUCUAUAGUACAAAUCGGUGUUGUAGUGAAAGAAUAUACAUCUUUGGGUGUAUGUUGAUCCGGCAAUGGCACUAGAUAUUCAUCUUUGGACAUGCUUGUCGCUGGUUGCCCCAUGAAUGAUUUCGAGGUAAAAGUGGUGAGUUGGAAUAUUGACAAAAGUUUUGAUCUGUUGAGGCCUUGUGGAAGUUGUUUUCUUGUUUCUUCAAUAUAAUUUUGUUUUGGCUGAAAAGUGAGGAAAUCUUAAUUCAUUUUGUAUGAAGAACAUUUUGGAAGAAAUCAAUUAGUAUUAAAAUUCUUCAUUGUA